AUCCAAUCAGAGGACGUUUAACGUAGGUUUUAUUUUUUUCCUAAAGUCUGUUAUCGGACUCUGUGAUUGGACAGAGCGGGAACUUCAAAAAGCAGUUUGAAAUGGGUGGUACACACACAAGGAUAGAACAAAAUGAAGAUGCCCUUACACCUCCACGUCAGGGACCACAUACGAGAGUCCUGGAGUUUGACCCACGAUCUCCUACAACAGAAAUAGCAAGGACACCAAUUGUAGUAGACAAGACACCAGAUGGAUUGCUAGACCCUAGAUCUCCAACACCAGGAGUUCUCAGGACACCAAUUCCUGAUUAUCAUGGGAAAUUUGAUGAUAUUCAAGAGAAUAAUCUGAUGCAUGACCAAAUGGUUGAAGACGCAUUCGCAGAUGCAAUGGCUGAAAUGGAAGAUCAAGCUAAUGACCAACAACAGCUGUUAUUGGAACAUAACACAGAAAAUAUACCUCAGUUUCAGAAAUUAACCAUUAAAGAAGAUAAAAUGUUGGCAGUGGAAUCUAAUAAACGUUUUUAUCAUGAUAAAGAUGUCACUAUUCUGCCAAAGAAGACAAGAGCACCACAACCUAAGCAGCUGUUUUCUAAUAAAAACAUCUCGUCUAUCAAUAAAGACCUUACUCGUUCACCAUUAUCUACAAGAAACAUUGACAUGAACUCACCACUGAACAUUGUACAGAAAAAACAAUCAAAGAAAGUAGAAAAAGCCAGAUCUUGUAACUUGGAGGCUAUGACCAGAUUCAAAGUAGAAGAAAAAGAGAAUCUGCACUCAUGAUAUGUUAUUAUAUUGCAAAAUCCCUAUUGUAUACAUUUUUACUGUGUGUUAUAAAACAUGUUGAACAGACAAUAUUUUCAUUCCUAAAAUCGUAUUUACAUGGCAAUACUUUUUUGUUGUUCUCUGUACAAAGGGUUUUCUUUACUUUUUUUUCUUGUAUUGAUAUUUAUUCAUUUCAGGGUUUUGUUUAAUCAUGAUAGCAGAAAUAUAAUAUUCUAUUAAAAGUGUUUGUUUAAGUAUCAUUCAACAUUUACAUGUAUAUGCCCUCACUUGGGAUAUAGUACAGGGGCAUUUAAUAAUAUAUUAUUGUAUAUGCUUAUCAGGUUAAAGUUUUGGUUAAAGGAAAUUUGUGUUUACAUCAACACCAUAACUUGUAUAUUUACAAUGUAAAGGACAAACAGCAAGUUGUCAAUAAUAUUUUGUUAAUAUAUGAUAUGGUUGAUGUUACAACAAUUUAGUUAUAUAAGUAAUUUAUUCUUCCCAAUUAGAAUACCAACAAGUCUUAGAAAAUGUACUUUUCAAUUUGAGCAAAGAAAUUUAAAAACUUGUACAUUUUGUUACAGUGAUGGAUAUGUGGGAAUAUUUGUAUUAUGAAGUAAUAAUGAUUUUUUUGGUAGACUUUUAUUAUUUUUAAAUGUCAAAUAAUAUUGUGUAUAUGAUAAACAAGAGGCACUGGGAAUAUAAUAUUUAAUAUUGUACAAGUUAAGUUCAUACAUUGUUUUACAUUGUAUCUUUUACACUGUUUACCUCCUUCUGUAGCAAGUACUUUCUUCUAAGUUCAGAAUGGUUAUCAGUAUUAGCUGAAGUCAUCCUUGUUCUUAAACUACAGAAGAGAUUAAAAUGGAUAUGGGAGGUAAAGUAAGAACCCAACACCCUCACUAAAAUUAAUUUUGCUCGUUUAAUUUUCAUAAAAUUUUCCUUGACUCUUUGACAAAAAUAUAAAAAUAUCAAAAAACUUUGAACUAAACACUUUAUCAUAAAAAAAUUAUUGGGCAUAUAGCAGUUUGACUUAAACCAAUUUUUAUCAAUAACAUGAAUGAAUAAGAAGCUAAAUUUGUCCUUGUUAGUAGAACGUCAUUAAAACUUUCAGGUGUUUUUAACAGAGUUAUCUCCCUGUAGUGUUAUAUACCAUCUUAACCAAGACAGGAAAGAAAAGACCUGCCAGCUACCAAUCUAACAUAUCAUUUAGAUCACAUCCAUAGACAAAAUAAUAUUGGUAUCUCAUUAAUUGAUCACAUUUCAUUCAUUACUCAUUCAUUGAUCAUCUGUCAUUCAUUACUCAUUCAUUGAUCAUCUGUCAUUCAUUACUCAUUCGUUAAACACAUGUCAUUCAUUACUCACUCAUAGAUUACAUGUCAUUAAUAAUUCAUAUUCAGUUCAUGUCUGUUCAUCAAUAAACUCAUUCAUUACUCAUUCAUAGAUCACAUGUCAUUUGUAACUCAUUCAUAGAUCACAUGUCAUUUGUUACUCAUUCUUUUUUCACCCAUAGAUCUGGUGUCGUCCAUUACUCAUUUAUUUUUCACCCAUAGAUCACAUGUCAUUCAGAACUCAUCAAUAGAUUAUGUCAUUCAUUAAUCAUCCUUCGAGCACAUAUCUCAUUACUCAUUCAUAGAUCAUAAGUGAUUCACUUUUCAUCAAUAAAUGCAUUCAUAUAUAUCACAUGUCAAUCUUUACUCAAUCAUAGAUCAUACUUUAAUGAUAACACAUCCUUAUAUCAUUAACUAUUCAUCAAUAAACUCAUUCAUAGAUCAUAUGUCACUGAUAAUCAUCAAUAGAUCACAUGUCACUCAUUUCUCAUUAAUAGAUCACAUGUUAUUCAUAACUCUCAUCCAGAGAUCACAUUUCAUCCAUUCCUCAUCCAUAAAUCAUACAAUUCAUUACUAAAAUGACAGAUUAAAUGUCAUUCCUUACUCAUUCAUAGAUCAUGCAUGUCAUUCAUUACUCAUUCAUAUAUCACAUUUCAUUAACUACUCAUUCAUUUCUCAUACAAAAGUCACAUGUCAUUCAUUCCUCAUUCAUUACUCAUUCAUAUAUCACAUUUCAUUCACUGCUCAUUAAUUUCUCAUUCAUUACUCAUUCAUAGCUCACAUGCUGUUCAUUACUCAUUCAUAGAUCACAUGUCAUUCGUUACUCAUUCAUAGAUCACAUGCCAUUCAUUACUCAUCCAUAUAUCACAUGCCAUUUGUUACUCAUUCAUAGAUCACAUGUCAUUCAUCACUCAUUCAUUACUCAUUCAUAGAUCACAUGCCAUUCAUUACUCAUUCAUAGAUCACAUGUCAUUCGUUACUCAUUCAUAGAUCACAUGCCAUUCAUUACUCAUUCAUAGAUCACAUGUCAUUUAUUACUCAUUCAUAGAUCACAUGCCAUUCAUUACUCAUUCAUAGAUCACAUGCCAUUCAUUACUCAUUCAUAGAUCACAUGCCAUUCAUAGAUCACAUGUCAUUCAUUACUCAUUCAUAGAUCACAUGUCAUUCAUUACUCUAACAUAGUUCACAUGUCAUUCAUUACUCAUUCAUAUUUCACAUUUCAUUCACUACUCAUUCAUUACUCAUUCAAAGGUUACAUGUCAUUCAUUACUCAUUCAUAGAUCACAUGUCAUGUAAGACUACUGUAGAUGUCUCAGACAAAUACAAAAUGUCAAUCCUGGUAUCAUUGAUGAGUUUAAUCAUUACUCAGUUAGGGAACUUAUCAUACUCAUUAGCAAGGUUCAUCAGACUUUGAAAUCAUUUUCAUGGUUCAUGGUCAGCCUUUAAAGUGUGAAUUAAGUCAGUUUUUCAUUAUCUAUAAGCAACAGAUUGACUAUGGUUUAAGCAAUUUUUGUAAGAUGUACAUUUCAGUCUUGCAGAGUUUAUCUGACCAUGACUAAAUUUUCAUAGUUAAUGGUCAACAUUAAACUUUUAGAGUUAAUCCAGGUUUUCUGAUAACAUAAAAAGUAUGUCAACUAUUUAUGAAGUAUGAAAUAUAUGUAAGGUGUACACAUCUGUAUGAUAUAUUAAUCUGACCUUUACUUCACUUUCAUGUUUUAUUGGUCAACAAGUUGUUUUACAGUUAGGUCAGUUUUUCAAAUACUUUAAGCUAUAUAUUGUAUAUGUAAUGAUUCAAAGGUAAAACAAGUUUUGCUGGUACUUAUAUAAUUUCCUGAAUGUCAUUGCAUGGUGAAUAAAUAAGUGUUGAGGGCUUUUGGUCGGGUCUGUUUCUCAUUUAAUAAAAACAAAGUUAACUAUUGGUGUAUGGAAUGAUUGUAAAGUGUACAUGUCCCUCUAACCUUGAACUCAUUGGUAGUGUUAGGUUUGUGUUGUAGCUAUAUAUUAAUAACUCACUUGUCUUCUCAAAGACGGCAACAUACAUGGUAGUCAUGAUCAGUAAAGCAUGAUAAUUAGCAUAAAUUUAAUCUGAUUUCAAAUCUUGAUUACAUAAUGUAAUUGUAUUCUAUUUCUCAUUUAUACUUGUGUAUGAUCUUAUUAUCAUUAAGACCCUAAUCCAGUGAGACUUUGUUUUCUUUGAAAAGCACAAUUCAUUGUCAUCCUGUCUUUGAAUUUGAAAAGGACUAUCAGAGGUAACCAGAAUAAAUUAUUUUUACUGUGUAAUCAAUUGUAAUGUACAUAUUGUAUAAUAAAAAUGAGCAUAGGAUAUGAUUUGUCUGUUACAUAUAUAUAUGAAACU